AUGACGGAUAAUUCGAGAGAGGCGGUACUGAGUCAAAUAAGUGACUCGGUCAAGGCAAUAUCCGGAUUGCCCGACUGCAAAACGGUUGCAAAAAAGAUGUAUUGUAAUCUAGUGAGAAUGGUGAAGCUUUUAAGCCCUUUGUUUGAUGAAUUGAGGGACGGUGAAGAAGAAGAGCUUGGAAGCGACGUCGUUAUGGGGCUUGACUCGCUAAGGAUCGCUCUUGACUCCGCUCUUAAGGUGCUGAAGUCGGUCCAUGAAGGCAGAAUUUUCUAUUCAUCAUCACUUAAUGAAGAACUGUGGACAUAA